UGUGCCGCUUUCACCCUUAUUCCUGCAACCGUGUCCACCAAUGAGAACGCUAACUCACCAGCUGCCGGGCUCAACAGACUCAAGAACAAAGGAAAAGACAGCACUGAAAUGCGGCGCCGCCAAGUAGAAGUUAAUGUGGAGCUGAGGAAAGCCAAGGAAGAUGACCAGAUGCUGAAGAGGAGAAACGUCAGCUCAUUUCCUGAUGAUGCUACUUCUCCACUGCAGGAAAACCGCAACAAUCAGGGCACUGUAAAUUGGUCUGUUGACGACAUUGUUAAAGGCAUAAACAGCAACAAUUUGGAAAGCCAGCUCCAAGCUACUCAAGCUGCUCGGAAACUGCUUUCUAGGGAGAAACAGCCUCCUAUAGACAACAUCAUCCGGGCUGGUUUGAUCCCCAAAUUUGUGUCCUUCUUGGGCAAAACUCAUUGUAGUCCCAUUCAGUUUGAAUCUGCUUGGGCGCUUACUAACAUUGCUUCUGGAACAUCUGAACAGAUCAAGGAUGUGGUGGAUGGAGGCGCUAUCCCAGCAUUCAUUUCUCUCCUGGCAUUGCCCCAUGCUCACAUCAGCGAGCAAGCUGUAUGGACACUUGGAAUCAUUGCAGGUGAUGGUUCUGUUUUCCGGGACUUGGUUGUCAAAUACGGUGUGGUUGACCCAUUGUUGGCACUUCUUGCGAUUCCUGACCUGCCUUCCUUGGCAUGUGGUUACUUAAGUAAUCUUACCUGGACACUUUCAAACCUCUGUCAGAAUAAGAAUCCCGCCCCACUCCACCCCCCACCCCCCACCCCUCACCCCUUAGACGCUGUGGAGCAGAUUCUUCCUACUUUAGUUCGUCUCCUGCAUCACAAUGAUCCAGAAGUAUUAGCAGAUUCCUGCUGGGCUGUUUCCUAUCUGAUCGAUGGUCCAAAUGAGCUCAUUGAAAUGGUGGUGAAGAGGGCAGUUGUGCCCCAGCUUGUGAAGCUUCUAGGAGCUGUCGAAUUGCCAAGUGUGACUCCUGCACUAAGAGCCACAGGGAAUAUUGUCACUGGAACUAAUGAACAGACUCAAAGUGUGAUAGAUGCAGGAGCACUUGCAGUCUUUCCCUACCUGCUCACAAACCCCAAAACUAAUAUUCAGAAGGAGGCCAUGUGGACAAUGUCCAACAUCACAACUGGAUGCCAGGACCAGAUACAGCAAGUUGUGAAUCAUGGCUUAGUCCCAUUUCUUGUUGGGGUCCUCUCUAAGGCAGACUUUAAGACACAGAAGGAAGCUGUGUGGGCUGUAACCAACUACACCAGUGGUGGGACUGUUGAACAGACUGUAUGUCUUGUUCAUUGUGGCAUAAUAGAACCUUUGAUGAACCUCUUAAGUGCAAAAGAUACCAAAAUUAUUUUGGUUAUUCUUGAUGCCAUUUCUAAUAUCUUUCAGGCUGCUGAGAAACUAGGUGAGACAGAGAAACUCAGUAUAAUGAUUGAAGACUGUGGAGGAUUGGACAAAAUUGAAGCACUGCAGAGCCAUGAGAAUGAGUCUGUGUACCAGGCCUCUUUAAACUUGAUUGAGAAGUACUUCUCAGUGGAGGAGGAGGAAGAUGAGAAUGUGGUACCAGAUACUACCUCUGAAGGCUUUGCCUUCCAAGUUCAGGAUGGGGCUCCCAGGACCUUUAACUUCUAAUGUCCAGCUGAGGCACAAAGUUGCUAGCUAUGUGUGCUGUGUUCUUCAUAAAUUUGUCCAACUGUUUCUCUACUAAGUACUCUUUGUAAAUGUGGUUUGUUAUUGUAGCACUUUUUACAAAGAAACUAUACUUGAACAGUUGUGAACUGUA